CUCCCAAAUAGCAUAACAAGUAUAACAUUUGGCCCUUCUUUUAACCAACGAAUUUAUUCUGGGUUUCUACCUACAAACUUAAAAUCAAUUACUUUUGGAAGGGAUUUUAAUCAACCUGUUAUACCCAAAAGCUGUACCAUGGUAUCCCUUGGUUAUUUUUUUAACCACCAACUAAACCUUCCAUCUGAUGGAUCAAUUACCAGACUAGUUAUGAGUGAUUGUUUUAACCAACCUAUUACCGUUGGCUCUUUACCAAAAACCAUACGCUUCAUUUCAUUUGGCGAUUGCUUUAAUCAAGAACUAACCAAAGGUAUAUUACAUGACGAAAUUGAAGAGAUUUCUUUUGGGAACUGCUUUAAUCAAGUCCUUUCAACAAAUUCAUUACCUUCAAAUUUGCGAAAACUGUCAUUUGGAUUUUGGUUUAACCAAGAGCUAGCUAUUCCCAAUAACUUGGUUUCCCUUUCGUUUGGAGACUCUUUUAAUCAGUCUAUCGAUGGUUUGUUCAAUAACUGCAACUCAUUAAAGGAGCUAAAGUUUGGUUAUUGCUUUGACUGUACAAUCAAAUAUGGUAGUUUCCCCAUCACACUAGAGACAUUAUAUUUUGGGGGUAGCUUUAACAAACCUCUGGAUAUAGGAAUACUUCCUAUCUAUUUAACCAAGCUGGUAUUUGGCAGUAACUAUAAUCAUAUUAUAAAGCCCAACUAUUUACCACCAAAUCUCUACUCUCUUCAAUUUGGUGAUAAAUACAACCAACCAAUACUAAAAGAUAGUUUUCCAAGUUCAAUUAAAGAAGUUGUUUUU